AUGGGAGCUAUGUUCUUCAGGUUGAUGCUUUUCACCCUUGGGUGGACCCUCAUCGAUGGAUCUGAAAUGGAACAGGAUCUUAUGUGGCACGUGAGAAAAAUACCCCGACUUGUCAGUGAAAAGACCUUCCAUCUCACCAGCCCGGCUUUUGAGGCAGACGCUAAGAUGGUGUUAAAUCGAGUGUGUGGCAUCGAAUGCCAGAAAGAUCUCCCAGCCCCCAGCCUUUCUGACCUGGAAGACUCUCUCUCCUAUGAGACUGUCUUCGAGAAUGGGAGCCGAACCUUGACCCGAGUGAAAGUUCAAGGUUGGGUCCCUGAGCCAACUCAAAACCUCACCUCACAAGGAGCACCCGUGAGGAGAAAGAGACAGGUGUACGGCACCGACAGCAGGUUCAGCAUCUUGGACAAGAAAUUCUUGACCAAUUUCCCUUUCAAUACGGCGGUGAAGCUCUCCACAGGCUGCAGCGGCAUUCUCAUCUCUCCCAACCACGUCCUAACCGCUGCCCACUGUGUCCACGAUGGAAACGACUACAUCAAAGGCAGCAAAAAGCUACGAGUAGGCUUGCUGAAGAUGAGAAAUAAAGGGGGUGGCAAGAGACGUCAGGGGUCUAGGAGGAACAGGAGGGAAGUGAGUGGUGCUGGAAGAGAGGGGAGCCAAGACAGUCUGAAGGAGACAGCCAAGGCUGGAAGGAGGAGAAAGGGAUCUGCUCGGGGUCAGAGAGCUGCAGACGGGAGGCCCUCCUUCCAGUGGACCCGGGUCAAGAACACCCACAUCCCCAAGGGCUGGGCUAGAGGAGAGAGUGGAGACCCAGCCCUGGACUAUGACUACGCCCUUCUGGAGCUGAAGCGCCCUCACAAGAAGAAAUACAUGGACCUGGGAGUCAGCCCCACCAUCAAGAAGCUGCCCGGUGGGAUGAUCCACUUCUCAGGCUUCGAUCAGGACAGGGCAGAUCAGUUAGUCUACCGGUUUUGCAGCGUGUCUGAUGAGUCCAAUGACCUCCUCUAUCAAUACUGCGAUGCCGAAUCAGGCUCCACUGGCUCCGGGGUCUAUCUGCGUUUGAAAGAGCCAGACAAAAAGAGGUGGAAACGCAAAAUCAUCGCAAUCUAUUCUGGCCACCAGUGGGUGGAUGUGCAUGGUGUUCAGAAGGACUACAACGUGGCCGUGCGCAUCACGCCCCUCAAGUAUGCCCAGAUCUGCCUCUGGAUGCAUGGGGAUGAUGCCAGUUGUACCCACGGCUAA